UUUCUCUUCUCUCUGAUGCAGAUUGCUGAGCUGGUGGCCACUGAGUUCUUUGAACAGGGCGAUAAGGAGAGGCGAGAGCUGAACAUUGAGCCUAUUGACCUGAUGAAUCGUGAGAAAAGAGAUAAGAUUCCCAGCAUGCAGGUGUCCUUCAUUGAUGCCAUCUGCAUCCAGUUAUACGAGACCUUGGCGGGCAUGUCAGAGUACUGCUCCCCAUUGUUGGAGGGAUGUCAGAAAAACCGGCAGCAUUGGAAGCGUUUGGCCGAGGAGUGCGAGAAGGGACUGGGCAACGGCUUGGUGUGAUCCCAAAGCCAAAACCAACACAAAUUCCCAGGGUUCUCCCUGUCCAACCUGGUCUCACAAAGUUUCAUGAAAUUAGCAUGAUAUGCAGUACACGGAAGAGAGAACAAAUUAGAUGUUUUGUGCAAAGAAAGUUAACAAAAGUUGAACUUCUGUGGCGAAAAAACCCACUAGAUUUGGUUUGGUAGAGAAAGGGCACAACUUGCCUUUAACAAUCUUAGAGCAGGUUCAGGUCCCAACUUAUUUUCAUAGAUUUGUCCAUCCUUCCAAUUUGUGCUAAUUAGCAUGUACUCAACAAGAUAAUAGCUAAGAUCUGGGAAUACAGAGGCAUUACUAAACAAGUGCUUUGAGCUAAAUGCUAAGAUAAGCAUGCAACACAAUGGCGAGGUACUGUAUUUUUAUAUAUAUAUAUAUAUAUAUAUAUAUAUAUAUACUUUCCCACAUUCAUCAUAUUAAUUCAACGUGAUAAGCAUUAUAAUAUGUGCUAGUUAGCGCUAAAGACAAAGUACAGCUGAUAAUUUUGCAAGCAUUUAGACUUCAGCAAAGUAUCACUACAGGAAACGUCAGGGAUCUCUAAAAUCAUUACUAUUUAUCCUCUGGGAACCAUGAAUGUCAGGACAACUUUCAUGGCAAUUCAUCUCGUAGAUGUUCAGUUAUUUCAGUCUGGACCAAACUGACAGACCAACACUGACAUACUUAGAGCCAGACUGCAGAUGCCCCAUGUUUGCUAACCACAAAGCCAACAAAAAAUCUAGUCAGCCAAAGUAUUCUGCAAGAGAGAACAAAGGUGAAUAACACAAUUAUCAGCCAAAAGGUCUGCUGCAAACAUCCACCACAGUUUACUAGACUUACUGAACUGUAGUUCGGCACCAUGAAAGAUUAUUACUGACAUGUUUCUUUGAGGUGUGCUCAGUUUUAGCUUGUUUACAGCUUGACCUGAUGGUGACUCCUCAUUGCUUGCCCUGCCAGACCGUGUUGUAGUAAUUUCAUCAUCUUCCCAGAUCUCAGUAAUUUUACUGAGUACAUAUGACAAAUAACCAAAACUAUAAAAAUAAGACUUAAGCCUAAUAUAAACCUUCAAAUAAAUUCUUACAUUAGCUUAUUUAAGCCGUUAGCUAAGUCACAUGACACACAGGUGAGAAUGUGUCAUCACUGCUCAUUUCAUCAAACUCUGUGAGACUUGUCUUCCUGUUGUCACCAUUCCUUUAUAGCUGUCACUCACCAGAGACAAUAACAGAGUCAGCACUAAGCUAUAUUUAUUAUCAUAGCCAUUUUUAUUUUUGCACAGAGUGGCUUUCAUCUUGAAGUCUCACCUACACUAUCUCUCACAGGUAGUGAAUUUUAGGGGAACACUGAGUGGUAAGACAUUGAUCCUUAGGGAUCAGCACCAUUCCAGUGGGCUACAGAUAUUGUACUUACUAUAUACUUUACAUAGUUGUCACAAUAAUGACUGAUAUGCUUGUUAAAUGUGUCUUUGUUCACAGCACACACACUACAAGGGUUUGAGUCUUUUGUAACAUUUUUUUUUCACUCAUUGUCUUAACUAUUGCAUAUUUAUUUUUGUUUUAUAUAUUUAUUAGAGUUUCUAUAUUGUAAGGUCAUCCUUUUGUCAAGAGCACACAGUUCUUUAUAUAGGAAAUGUAGUUUUCAUACCUAAAAAUCCCAUCUCUGCUUUUUGAAGGAUCUUUCUUAGGAACAACUCUUUCAGAUGACAUUUGGAAAUGUACUGUAUUGUGUCUUUGUUUUGUUUUGUUUUUUUUCAAAAUGUAAAAUAGCCAAAGACUAGGCAAUUUCAAAGUGAAAUUGGUCUAGAUUCUUCCACUGCCUUGUUGUGAUAAAAUAGGACCAAUUCACAAUUAAAAGAAGAAAAUAUUUUAUUUGUUCACAUCUUUCUGCACCCAUUAAUGCCUGUCCCCUAUAAAAGGCUGUUUUUUUUUUUUUUUACAUCCCAUUUUUAUAACUGAAUGAUGGAGGAGCGUUUGCAUUGUGAUCAGCCUGACCAAACUGUGUUGUGAUGAGACGUUCCUUCCACAUAAAAUCAUUCUAAAUGUAUUGGGGGGUAUAUGCUGACACAGGUUUAAAUCACUCUCUGUCACAUGGCAGAAAUUAGUGCUGUCGAAUGGUUAAAACUUUUUAGUAUAUUGCAAUUUUGGUGACACGUGGCCAAACGGUUCAGCCUGUAGAGCAGUGGUUCCCAACCUGGAACCCCCCAAAGCGUCCAAAGAUAAAUUUGAUAAAGAUAAAGUUUAUAAAUCUGAGCAGCAACUCAACAAUAAAGUAUUGAGGUUUGAUAGUCAGCCUGCCCACACUCCCUAACCUGUGAUCAAGGACAGUUUUCUUUUCAGGGGUCCCAAAUCAAACAGGUUGGGAACCAAUGCCAUGCAGCUGCAGUUUUCUGUGAGCAAAUUAACCCAACAACCAUGUCAAAAAUGCCUCCAGGAUAAAACGAACCCCAGGUGUUCCAGUGAUUCUGCUCAGUGGUAAGCAGCAAAGGGCUUCUACUGGAUAUAUGCCAGUGGAUAACAGUGUGGGACCACAGUUGUGCAUUACCCACUAAAACCCCAGAUUUCAUCUUCUGCUUUGAAAUAUACAGCCAUGUUUUGUUGUAAUUACCAGUUUUCCUUUAAAACAGGGAUUGAAGGUUUUUGACGAUAAAGAUGUUGGUCAUUUACUCACACUCCCACAUUCAGUUGCCAUUCUUCAGAUCAUUUUAGUCUUAUACAAAACUUCAAUACUCUGCACGCACAACAACAGGUGCCACCUAUGUGCAUUUUAUUAACAGCAACAAACAGGCCAGGCAGCCUGGUCUUAACUAAAGCACUUUUGUAGACGCACAUGCUCAGAAAGCUCAUUUGUAUCUGUGGUUGUUUUGUACUUAGAAUACGUCUCCAGGACUGUAGUACAUGUGCCUGUUGCCUAACCUCUGUGCUUUUUCAAAGAAACAAAAUAUCUAUUAUUUCCUCACUGCUUCAGCCUCUGGGUUGUUUCAGAGAAGUUUCUCUUUGUUUUGUUGCAUGUAUAUGAGAGGGCAUUACACCAGAGAGGAAGGGUUUUUUUUUUUAAAAAAAAGAAGAGGUUUGUGGGUGUUUACUGCAGGUGACAUAAUGUGAUAUGCUGAUAUGGUACUGUUAUGAAGGAGGUGUUCCACAUUUGCAACUGUUGACACCACUGAACACUGUGAGCCAAGUAAAUGGUAUGUCCCAUUAAAGAAUAAUACUUA